AUGCACCAUAGUCAAGACCAUCACAACCUCAACACACACCAUUGUCCACCAGACCAUCACAACCUCAACAUGCACCAUUGUCCACUAGAUCAUCACAACUUCAACAUGCACCAUUGUCUACCAGACCAUCACAACCUCAACAUACACCAUUGUCCACUCGACCAUCACAACCUCAACAUGCACCAUUGUCCACUAGAUCAUCACAACUUCAAUAUGCACCAUUGUCUACCAGACCAUCACGACCUCAACAUGCACCAUUGUCCACUAGACCAUCACAACCUCAACAUGCACCAUUGUCCACUAGAUCAUCACAACUUCAACAUGCACCAUUGUCUACCAGACCAUCACAACCUCAACAUACACCAUUGUCCACUCGACCAUCACAACCUCAACAUGCACCAUUGUCCACUAGACCAUCACAACCUCAACAUGCACCAUUGUCCACUAGACCAUCACAACUUCAACAUGCACCAUUGUCUACCAGACCAUCACAACCUCAACAUACACCAUUGUCCGCUAGACCAUCACAACCUCAACAUGCACCAUUGUCCACCAGAUCAUCACAACUUCAACAUGCACCAUUGUCUACCAGACCAUCACAACCUCAACAUACACCAUUGUCCACUCGACCAUCACAACUUCAACAUGCACCAUUGUCUACCAGACCAUCACAACCUCAACAUGCACCAUUGUCCACUAGACCAUCACAACUUCAACAUGCACCAUUGUCUACCAGACCAUCACAACUUCAACAUGCACCAUUGUCUACCAGACCAUCACAACCUCAACAUGCACCAUUGUCCACUAGACCAUCACAACUUCAACAUGCACCAUUGUCUACCAGACCAUCAGAACCUCAACAUGCACCAUUGCCCACCAGACCAUCAGAUCCUCAACACAGACCAUUGUCCACCAUGUGGUCCUCUUUAG